GGCGCCUGGAAAUUGGCACCGACAAGAUCACUUUAGGAUUUUGAGAUUUUUUUGUCGCCAUGAAGGUCUACGGAGCGAGCAACAGGCUAACGACCCAAGUGCUCGUAGCAGUCGUUCUCCUCGCGUGCGUGGUCGUAGCGGCACCUGGCGGACAAAUCCCAGACGACCCGGAUGCGCGCGGGGACGACUCUUCGGGGCCAGGACACGACCUCUCGGCGUGGGAGGCGGACGACCUCGGGGAGAGUCAGCGAAUGCGCGAUGAUAAGUUGUUCAUCGCCCUGGUUCAGAUCCAGCCCGACCAGUGCACGACGAGGGACGGCUUCAGCACCCUGGGCACCUGCAUGCCUGCCAAGGAGUGCACCAGCAACGGGGGGACGUCGUCGGGGAGCUGCGCGAAAGGCCUUGGAGUCUGCUGUCUGGUGACCAAGAGAUGCUCGUCCACCUCGAAGUUCAACAACACCUACUUCGUGAACCCCAGCAACGACUCCACCCUGGGCGCCUGUACCCUCACCAUCAACCGCAUGAACGCCAACAUCUGCCAACUCCGCCUGGAUUUCGUGUACUUCGAGCUCUCGCAACCCGACGCGACUGGCCAGUGCUCGACGGACUUCUUCACUGUGCAGGGGACGUCGACGAUGAUCUGCGGGAGCAACACGGGUCAACACAUGUACGUGGACGUGGAUCCCAACGGCGGCGCGAUCAAGAUGUCCGUGGAUCGCAGCACGACGACGAACCUGGCCCGCGCGUGGAAUAUUAAAGUGGCGCAAAUAGAGUGCAAUUCUAGGUUCAAAGCACCCAAAGGCUGCCUUCAGUACUUCACGGAGACCUCUGGCAGCGUGUCAAGCUUCAACUAUGACACGGCGCUUGUCAACGGCACCCGUCAGCUCCGGAACAUGGACUACGGGGUGUGUAUUCUCCCUCCUGACGGCUACUGCGGCAUCAUCUGGGAAAAGGACACGACUAGCGUUUACUCCUUCAGCGUCUCGGGUGCGCUGGAUGCCCUGGACCCCAACCUUGUGGGCACCACGUACGCCGUCGAGAGGAACUGCACCACCGACUACGUCAUCAUUCCCGGAGGCACCGAGGACACGGGGACCCAGAAUGACCGCUUCUGUGGCCUCGGCUUCCCCAACAGCGUGAUGUCCUAUGCCAAGCCUUACAUACUGUACGUGAAAACAAACGGGGAUGAAGCAGCUGACACGCUGAACAGGGGAUUCAAGCUGAACUACCGACUUACAACCAUCUGCACGUAAUCCCCGUCGCACGAAUAGGAGAAGGAGAUAGGGGAAUAAACAGACGAGGAAGGUGGACGCACGAAUAGGAGAGGGAGAUAGAGGAAUAAACAGACGAGGAAGGUGGACGCACGAAUGGGAGAAGGAGAUAGAGGAAUAAACAGACGAGGAAGGUGGACGCACGAAUAGGAAAAUGAGAAAAUGAAUAAACAGACGGGGAAGGUGGACGCACGAAUAAGAAAAGGAGAAAAUAGAGGACUAAACAGACGAGGAAGGUGGACGCACGAUGUGUUGAAAAAAAAACGAGAGAAUUGUUUACAUUUCUGUUUUUUCUUCCUUUUGUUUGUUUUUGUUUUUUUAAUUUGUAUGGUUUGUUAAUAGUACGAGGCAUUUUCAUGUGUACUCUGAUUAUUAUCUUUUUGGACAGGGUUUGAAAUUAAGAAAAAGUUUGUUUACAAAGAUAUAUACGUAAACGUGGAUUGUUGAUUUUUUUGUCAGUUUCAUUAUUUUCUUAUGCCAUUCGGUAAAAUAAUCAUAUAUUUUUUUCUUUUUUCUGUUAUAUGUAUUUUUGUUACAUGUUAGAAUAGAGUAGUUGUUUCUGUAUUUAUUUAUUGUUGAUCAAUAUCAGUUAUAUAUGAAACGUU